AUGAAGCGUGGGUCGAGUGUGUUGCAGCCUCCCUCUGAUGCAGCCAAACGCCACACACACCCUGCCAACACACACACGACCAGCAGCAGCAGCAGCAGCAGCGUUAGCGUUAGCGUUGAGGAGGCUCGCCGCACGCUGAGCGCGCCGCCGCACACGCAGGACGCACACGCCGCGGGUUCGAGUCCCUUCCCAGCAGCCACCUCGCUCUUCAGCCCUGAUGUCAGCACCAAGAUGGCGUCAGACCUCCUCAUCAGGCUGUCAGAGGCCACCCAGAAGGCCCAGAUGCAUCCUGGGAGGCAGGCGGAGGCGGAGCCUCAGCGGCGUGAGGCGCUGCCGGAGGGGCGCGGCGGGCAGCAGGACGAGCCGGGCCUCGCUCUCUCGCCGGACGGACCGGGGGCGAGUCCCGAACCGCCGUCACUCUCACACACACCUGACGGGAACAACAACGCCACGGACACACUCGCCUCAGACCUGCUGAGGAAACUGGCAGAGCGACAGGAAGUGAGCGGCCACGUAGUCAGAGUCAAAGAAGAAGAAGAGCCGAUGGAGGUCGACACGCUGGUUUCCUCUGACCUCGUUCAGGACCGACCAAUCACAGAGGAGAUGACCCCGCCGAGCCUCUUCAGCAUCAAAACAGAAGAACCGGCGGCGGAGCAGCUGCACGCCGGAGCCAAGAUGGCCGACCAGCGUCUCCAUGGCCUUAAAGUAGAAGAGACCUUCUACACCGGAGGCUGCCGGCCGCCGGGCGCCAAGAUGGCCGACGCUGCGAACAAGUUCCAGUUCAGGGUGAAGAUGGAGGACCAUGGAGCCAAGAUGGCGGGCCAGCUUCUGUCUGGAGCCAAGAUGGAGGACCAGCUUCUCUUUAAAGCAAAAAUUGCAGAGCGGCCUUUCUCCGCCGCCAAGAUGAGCAACAAGUUCCUGUCAGCUGGAGCCAAGAUGGAGGACCAGUUUCCUUCAGGAACCAAGAUGGAGAACCAGCUUCUCUUCGGAGCCAAAAUGGAGAACCGCCUCCUGCCCGGGGCCAAGGCGGCGGAGCACGGCGUUUUCUCAGGAGUGAAGGCGGAGGAGCAGCUCUUCUUUGGAGCCAAGAUGGAGGACCAGUUCACCUCCGGAGCCAAGAUGGCCGACCAGUGCCUCAGAGCCGUGCUGUGGCAGGACAUGUCCGUCAACCUGGCGUCCACGCUGCUGCACCAGCUCUCAGAGAGAGUCAGUAAAUCCACCAGUCGGCAGGUGGAGAGGUCGACCCCGCCCGUCAGGAGCAGUCCUGUUUUAAACAUGAAUGUGGACCCUCUCCGCUCCUCCCCUCUGCUGAGCUCCCAGGAACCUCCACACGAAACCAAAACCAGCCUCAGCAGAGACCAAACCACCACAGGUUGCUCUUACUUCUACAGGUGUCACGUGUGCGGCUUCGAGACGGACGGGCGAGCGCUCUUCCAGAGUCACAUGACCGAGCACCGCCAAUGGGAGCACGCCUCCUUCUCGCUGCACUGCUGCGUGUGCGACCACUCGACCAAUCAGGAGGCGGAGAUGAGGGCGCACGCCAACACGCACAUACAGGGGAGCACGGGCGCCAACGGAGACAUGAGAUGUCCCGCCGUUCCCGUCGCCGCCACCUCCAGCAGCGCUCCGUCAGUUGCCGUGGUAACCCAGCAGCCUCCGAGCGGCGCCUCAGAUCACCGCUGCCGCAUCUGCCAGAGGUCGUUUCCAGGGCAACAGGAGCUGCUGGUCCACUUCCAGGGUCAUCGCCAAGGCAACCAGUACCGGUGCGAGCGGUGCGGCCACCUGACGCGCACCGCCAACAAGCUGGUGGAGCACGUGCGCGUGCACACGGGGGAGCGCCCGUUCACCUGCGACCUCUGCCCCUACAGCGCCAAGCGGCGGGACAGCCUGCGCCUCCACUGCAAGGUCAAACACCCGGGAGGCGUGCACACGCACACCUCCUACGCACACGCAGACAAUCAGCGCGCACACAAACACCUGCAGCGGCUGCACACGCCGCCACACGCACACACUGCUGCUCCCUGCGCCUCCUCCUCCUCCUCCUCCUCCUCCUCCUCCUCGCUGCCUCCUCUUCAUCCCUCGCUCUCUGACCGCUCCGGCUGGAGAGAUCUGUCUCCUCUCCUCCCCAUCACCACACUCAUCUCUCUGAAGCCUCGCUCCUCUUCCUCCCUCUGUUUUCGAAGCUUCGAGGUUUCUGGAGGACAGUGA